AUGGCGGGAGGUUAUUUUGACCUUCCGAUCUCCCGCGGCGCCUCUGAUGAAGGAUCGUCAAGCCUAUCAAGGUCGCGUUCCUUUACAUCAUCACUGCCCAGUGAUAGCUUCCAAGGUCAACCAGUGUCUCAGGUGCGGAGCUUCAGUAACGCUAGCGCACAGGACAAGUAUCGGAAUGCAGGCAUUCUGAAAAGCACGAAUCGUGUCAAGCUUACGGCCAGCGAAUCCGAGUCAAGAGAACCCACUGGGUCUAUGGUCGAAUUCCGACUGGAUCGAAGGGGCACCGAGCUGCCGCAAAGACCAUUACCCACUGCCAACAUUCCGGGCUUCCAGGAAAAAGUCUCUUCAAGCUCCCAGCUAGCACCGGGGCUGGAAGACGAUCACUCUAGCGCGUCAGUGGAUAUUACCGGUUUGACGAUCAGCACCAGGACUACCUGCCCGGGAACCCUAGGGGAAUACGAACUUGACCAGGGUACAAAUGACAAGGGGCGAUCCAUCUGCUUUGCACAUGAAAGGGCCCACAGGCUCACAUCCCUUCUCAAUUGCCCCCAAAAUUCUCCGAAGCAAAGUCCUCGAUGCAGUCUAGUGUCUUCAAUUGCCUCCACUCCCGCUGAGGUGGCGUACCAGACUGAAGAUGGAGAUAAAUUUCCUGUGAUAGGCUUCCCCGAGAAAGAACAACUCUUCGACAACUUAAUAGAUGAACAUGAAGUGGACUUCUUAGACGGGCGAUCAACACCGCGCACCUCUGGAGCCCAUCACCUAGUGCAUCAAAUGUCAUCUCGAGACCUCAACUUUCUGACUCGCCUUCACCCUCAGUCUCCCGGUUUGCACUCCAGUGACCAAGACACCACCAGCGAGGAUAGGGACUCAUACGAGUCUACUGAACGGACGUCACAUUACCGCGGAGGCAUUCUUUCAUCGCUGCUCAAACUCUAUGACCAGCCUCAUUAUAAACACAAUCAAGGCCGAGGACAGUAUGGGCGCUCUCGACAGGGGAGCUCUUCCGAGUUCAGUGGACGCGGUCUGUCCCCGGACUCUGUUUGGAAGCCGCACAGGAAGUGGUAUGAUAAGUCUACCGCUCGUUCCAGCAUUUCCAUGGCCGGCUCGUCCCGCCACUCUGGCUCUCCUUUUGCCAUGCUCACGCGGUCCCGCAGCAGUGGCUCUGCCAUUCCGAGCCUAGGUCGCCCACGCCCCAAGCCUCAGCUUGAGGAUGAAAUUCAUAUCACUGUUCAUAUUGCCGAGCUUCUGUCUCGACAGCGGUACUUGAUCCGGCUUUGUCGUGCUUUGAUGAAGUAUGGAGCUCCGACUCAUCGGCUGGAGGAAUAUAUGCGCAUGACAGCUCGUGUCAUCCAGAUUGAUGGCCAGUUUUUGUAUAUACCCGGCUGCAUGAUUAUCUCCUUUGACGAUGCCUCCACACACACAACAGAGGUCAAGGUCGUCCGGUCCAGUCAAGGCAUUGACCUGGGCAAGCUGGCCGAUGUGCAUGAGAUUUAUAAGGAGGUGAUUCACGAUGUCAUUGGGGUUGAAGAGGCAAUACAGCGGCUGGAUGAGGUUAUGAAGAAGCAGAGCAAAUUCCACAUUCUGUUCCUCAUCUUCGCCCAUGGCUGUGCUAGCGCAUCAGUUGGGCCCUUUGCCUUCAACGCCCGGCCAGUUGACACCCCCGUGGCGUUUCUACUGGGCUGUCUCCUCGGAGUGUUACAGUUGAUCCUGUCAACAAAAUCGAGCUUAUAUUCAAAUGUGUUUGAGAUCUCGGCCGCAGUCCUGACGUCUUUCCUUGCCCGUGCCUUCGGAAGCAUCAGAUUCCAAGGGGAGCCAUUGUUCUGCUUUUCUGCCCUCGCGCAGUCGGCGAUCGCCCUCAUCCUGCCAGGAUACACUGUACUAUGUGCUAGUUUGGAGCUUCAGUCACGCAGUAUAGUCGCAGGCUCUGUACGCAUGGUCUAUGCUAUCAUAUACUCGCUGUUCCUCGGGUUUGGAAUUACCAUUGGAACUGCUGUUUACGGGCUCCUCGACUCUCAAGCUUCAACGGCGUAUACAUGUCCCGCCAGCCCCAUCCACAAUGAGUACCUGCAGCGUUUUCCGUUCGUGAUCAUAUUUACCGUGUGCCUGGCGAUCGUCAACCGCGCCAAGUGGAAACAAAUGCCGAUUAUGAUAGUAAUCUCUCUGGCUGGCUACGUGACCAACUACUUUAGCGCCAAGCGCUUCUAUACCAACACCCAGGUGUCCAAUGCACUGGGCGCCUUUGUCAUUGGUGUAAUGGGCAAUUUCUACAGUCGACUACGCCAUGGGCUCGCUGCUGCGGCAAUGCUGCCGGCGAUCUUUGUCCUUGUUCCCUCCGGUCUUGCGGCCAGUGGGUCUCUAAUAUCGGGUAUUACUUCUGCGGAGGAAAUGACCCGGUCUCCAUAUGCCGUUGUGAACAAUGGAACGCAAGGAUUCGUCGACGCAGCAAAGAAGCUAUCAGCCGACGAGGCGAAAAACCAAAGCUACGGGGUCGUGUUCGAUAUCGGAUAUGGCAUGAUCCAAGUUGCUAUUGGCACGACAGUUGGUCUCUUCCUAGCAGCUUUGGUGGUUUAUCCGCUAGGCAAGAAGCGAAGUGGACUGUUCAGCUUCUAG